CAGCGAUUCAGUCUUACCUGCCACUUGGGUCUUUCAUUGUAAGUUUGAUACGCUACUCUCGUUCAUUCUUUCAUCAUCUCCGAUAAUAUGGAUCGCCCUACGCCGCAACAGCCUUCAAGUCCGGGCGAACUGGACGACGACCCGGAUAUUCAAUACGAGUAUGCGAUGGGGGAGGGUGGUGAGAGAAGAGUGCGAGUUCGAUUCAAUUCUCGCGCUGCAGCGCAGUCGCCACCUGCUGCACAUGAGCCUACUUUCCCUUCUGCUGCUAUUACACAAGAUCAAAUCAAGGAUUCGAAACGGCCACAUCCCAUACUGCGAGACAGGUCGAAAGAGAAUGUACCAACGCUGGGAAGCAAUGAUGAGAAUGAUAAGCAUGCUCAAGAUCGAGCUGCUGCUGAGGCUCAGAGUCGAGGGAAUGCAAUGGCGGAAAGAGUCAGACGAGACUCGCCGCCAUACUCUUCUCGGAAUUCCAUUGAGUCUACAGCAUACACAGAAGAUGGCGAGAGCGAUUUUGAACUACUUGGAAACUCCGGAGACAUUGCGAUGAAGCCGUACGCUCAUGACGAAGAUGGACAUAGACGUACCUACAGCCACGAUACGUUGGUAGGUUAUCCUGCGCCCGAUGGAUACGCCACAGACUUGGAGAGAGGUCCGGAUUCCGAGGAAGCGACAGAGAACAAGGACGAGAAGCCACAAAAGCAAUACGAAGAGAUCUACAAUGGGUAUGUGGAUGGGUCGUACAAUGUUCCCAAGCCGGAGAAGUAUCGUGGUGGUGUGCUUUCUCAGCUUCUGAAGCUUCACAAGCAGUCUGAACUUGGUGGCAUGCGAGAUCUGAUGCAAACACCGCCAACUCCUGGCCACCGCAAAACUGGAUCCGAGUCUUCUGUAUCCGCUUCUGGGACGAGCACGCCUGGUCGAAGGAAGUGGUAUGAACAGAAUGAGCAGUCUCGGGACACUUUGGCAACUCUCAUUGGAGCCUCCAAUAGUUUGGCUACGCCGGCAGGUCCGAAGGUCGAUGGGAGAGUACCACGGCUAAAGAAGAAGCGAGAUUCGAGCAUGGCUCACCGACUGAGUGCAUUCUUCAAGCAAGAAGAAACGCAAGUCAAGAUGCACAUUUCUGGAAUUCUUGCUCGACAGGAAUUCAUUCUCAAGAUGUGUAGGGCGCUGAUGUUGUAUGGUGCCCCAACUCACCGACUGGAGGAAUACUUGACCAUGACUGCACGAGCACUGGAAAUCGAGGCUCAGUUCUUGUACAUUCCCGGCUGCAUGAUUAUCUCCUUCGAUGAUGCGACAACGCACACCACGGAAGUGAAGCUGGUUCGCCUUGCGCAGGGUAUCGAUCUGGGUAAACUCAAGGACGUCCAUCGGGUAUACAAGGAGGUCAUUCACGAUGUGACGAGCGUGGAAGAAGGCACCGGCCAACUGGACGAACUCAUGGCUAGGAAGCCACAAUUCCAUCCCUGGUUCCGGGUUUUCGUGUUCGGUAUGACGAGCGUCACGGCUGCUCCAUUUUCCUUCAACGCGCGAUUGAUCGACCUUCCACUUUGCUUCUUCUUCGGUUGUCUGGUUGGAGCUCUCCAGCUCAUUGUGGCUCCUAUGUCACCUCUUUACAGCAACGUGUUUGAAGUGAGCGCGACUGUGCUCGUCAGCUUUUUGGCUCGUGCGUUUGGCACGAUUCGAGGCGGCAGUCUCUUUUGCUUUUCCGCUCUGGCACAAGGUGGCAUUGUCAUGCUGUUGCCGGGAUACAUGUUUCUGUCUUCGUCGCUGGAAUUACAAGCAAGAGCUAUUGUUCCUGGUUCAAUCCGGAUCGUCUACGGAGUGGUCUAUUCUUUGCUCCUCGGAUUCGGCAUCACCAUUGGAUCAGCUUUGUACGGGCUCAUCGACAAGAACGCUACUUCCGAUCUUGAAUGCCGGAAUCCACUUCCGUCAGAGUAUGGAUUCGCGUUCGUUCCAUUCUUCGUGAUCUGUAUUAGCAUCCUCUACCAGGCGAAGUGGAAGCAGAUGCCGAUCAUGGUCAUUGUGGCUUGCGCUGGCUACGUCGUCAACUACUACAGCAGCUUGCGCUUCGCAAAGAGCCCGCAGAUCGCGAGUACCUUAGGCGCGUUCGCUGUCGGUGCUCUGGCAAACUUGUACUCGCGUUUCCGGCACGGCGUAGCGGCAGCUAUCCUCGUUCCAGCCAUCUUCACGCAAGUUCCGGGAGGUCUUGCAAGCACUGGCGGGUUACUGAGUGGGCUUCGUGUCGCGAAUGAGAUCAACAACUCGACUUCUACAAUCAAUGGCGCAAGUGGAUAUGAGAAGAUUGGCGCGGUGACUGGAGCUAGCUCCAACGAGCUGGUAUUCAACGUUGCGGGUUCGAUGAUUCAAAUUGCGGUUGGCAUUACUGUUGGAUUGUUCUUGAGCGCUUUGGUAAUUUAUCCUCUCGGAAAGAGAAGGAGCGGGCUUUUCAGCUUCUAAAAAGUUUGGAGAAAUAGACAAUAGAUCAAAAAGGAUAGAGAUACAGCGGAUCGGGAGGGCGAUCUGCUUCAUGACACUUAUGAGGUGUGUACGAUAGAAAGGGAAGAGAAAAGUAAUGAUAUGAUCUGAAGCGGGCAACACUGAGCCCCACGCCAAGCAUAAUGCCCCCAC